CCAAUGACUGACAGUGACAGAUAAAUAAAUCAAUAAAUCAAAGCAAAAAUUUUAUUUUUUUGUAAAGUUGAGGUUUAGUUCAUCAAUGUAAAAUGGUGAAUUGUAAUUUCUUUGCAAAUGGCUGUAAUAAAUGAGUGUUAGACUGUGGUGUUAGAAAUCCAAGAACAUUUAUUAUUUCAUUUAGUUUUAAGAAAACAGCAGUACAUAAGCGAGAUUCAUCACAAAGAACUAUUCUGCCAUUUGUUACCAAAUAAUAUAUCAUGGCGUUGGAUUGUCUUCCAGAAGAACUGUUAAUCAUUAUUUUAAGACAGUUAGAUUCAAAAUCCUUAUAUAAUUUAUUCAACACUGGUAAUGAGCGGCUCCGUACCGUUAUUUCCACAAAAGGAGUAACAAAAAAAAUCAGUUUCUCUCUAAACAAUAUGGCAACGGUACAUUCCUUAAAAUCACUCUUUUUUAAGGAUAUUUCCACACAUUUACUGGAACUAAAUUUGAGUGGUGUGCAUGACUUAAAUAAAACAGCAUUAUUGCCUGGCAUGCGGAAAUUGAAAAGUUUGUUAUCUUUGAAUGUUGCAUAUACAGAUAUAACUAUUUUGGAUUUCCUGGAUAUUUAUAAAUUAUGUCCAACUAUUAUAAACAUUGAAAUUGACUUUACCUUCCAUAAAAAUGGUCAAAAGCGAGUGCUUCGUCCUCAAGUGUUGACUAAAUGUCAAGAAGUCUUUAAAAAUAUUGUAAAUGUUAAUUUUGUGGGAAGUUAUUAUACUUUAUUGGAUUCUACAUUACCACAAAACAUUUUACAAAAAGCUAAGGUAGAUAGUUUGACUUAUACAGUUGCAAAACAAGAUACUUUUACAUAUCACAAAUAUGCAGAGUGUGAUCCAAUACACUGCAACAAAAUUUGUGUUUAUUUCUUCAACUGGAAAAAAUCCAUUGAAUACCAUUUUAGAAAGGAAUAUGUAGAAUCCCUUUCUCGAAUACCUUUUCAAUAUGAGUAUGUGUAUAUAGCUUAUAGAGAAAUAUACUGUUCAUCCUUGUUAUUCAAGAAAUUUUUUGGGGACUUCUUUAAGCACCUUGAUGUGUAUGUCAGCCCUCAUAUAUAUAACGAAUAUGCUGAUGCAGGACAUGUUGAAAUUAUGAUUUGGAAUAAAGAAACAACAAAGUUUGAUGCAUCAUUUUUUACAAAAUUGCUUGUAGAAGCAAGAAAAGUUUUACCUAGCGUGCACAUAUAUGCUCAAAAUUUGCUCCCGUAUGAAGUCAAUAAUACUUUUGUUUGUUUAACCCACCCUAUACUUGAUUAUAACAGUCGAGAUAGAAGCAAUGACCAUAGGUUUAAAAUGCAAAGGGUAGCCAUUCCAAAUAUUACAUUAGAUUAUGAUCAUGCAUUUGAGGGGAGGGACAAUAUUGAAUUAAGUUUACAUUUCCUUCAGAAUAUCGGAAGACCUGUAACUUUGUCAACACAAAGUACUUUUCUGAGAAAAUUAACGUACUUAAGUAUGAUUGGUGAUGUACGUUAUUCUUCAGAAUUCUUUAAUAUUUUGUUUCGUUGCUGUGAAAAUCUGAUCACUUUAUGUGUUUUUUCACCAUCAAUAUCUCCGUGUGCAGCACCUAUCACAAGAGCUAUCCCACUCAGCCGCUCUAUCAAAAACUUACGACUAGAGGGGAAAGCACUUGACUUUACAAGUCUGUUUUCAUCAUUAGGGAAUUGCAAAACUUUAGAAAAUGUUCAGCUAAUAGACACUUCAGAUUGUUACACCAAUCUCACAGAUACAUACGCAUUUAUUCGACAGUGUAAUAAUUUGUAUUAUAUUCAUAUUGAAGUGGAAAUGACUGAUAGUUUAAGAGUAACAAAGUUGAAAAUGUUAAAUGAAGCCAAACGGAAAUGUGGAAAGAAUCACUUGCUUAUUGUAUUGACUAGUCCAUCUAAAAGUGUUGAUUAUUUUUACGAUCCUUAUGUAUCAGUGUUUAGGUUAAAUUCAAUACAAGUAUUUGGACUUUAU